UGAAGGGAAAAAUAAAUAAUGAAAAAGAAAUCAAAACAAAUAGAUAUAAUAAUAUUAAAAUUAUAAUUUUUAAAAGACAAUAUCAUAUUUGGAGACUAAUAUGGCAAACACAAUAUCCAUAAUGUCUAAUGCGUUACGAAAUGUUGUGAGCAAAAAACGCAUACGAUACAAGGAAAAAGGAUUUAAUUUGGAUCUUUCAUACAUUUGCCCGAAAAUAAUUGCGAUGGGAUAUCCUGCUCCGGACAUUAUUGAAGGCAUUUACAGAAAUCGCCUAGAGGAUGUUUAUAAAUUUAUGGAAGAGAAUCAUGGAGGGCAUUACAGAAUAUACAACCUGUGUCAAGAACGGAGUUAUGACAUUAAUAAAUUUCAUGGGAAUGUUGCAACAUACCCGUUUGAGGAUCACAAUCCUCCUCCUAUUGUACUGAUGCAACGUUUUUGCCAAGACGUUGAAUCCUGGCUUAAUAGAGAUCCGUUAAAUGUCGUAGCUGUGCAUUGUAAAGCUGGAAAGGGAAGAACCGGUACUAUGAUAUGUGCAUACUUGGUUCAUAGUAAGUUCUUGAAUACAGCAGAUGAAGCCUUAGCUUUUUAUGAUGAGAAACGUACAAUAGAUCGGAAAGGUGUUACAAUUCCAUCUCAACGUAGAUAUGUUCAGUAUUAUUCAAAUUUAAUCCCAGAUAUACAUUAUGAAGUAGUCAGUCUUUACAUUUCUGAAAUCCGGUUUGCUGAGGCAAAUUACCUGCAUAAUCUUGGUACAGUGCAAUGUUCAAUUUCCGACAGGCAAGAGUCUGCAUCAGAGAAACUUAAGGCGCAUGUAAGUAUGUUGAUUUAUUUAUCAGCCAUAUUUAAUAUUUUGUGUACCAUGAAAAUGGUAAAUCAGAGUAUAAUGACUAGGGCGACGCGCUGACUGAACGUGCCGGUCU